AUGGAAAAUCUAAAAGAAAACAAAGAUGGUAAGAAUGAGUUGUAUGAAGACGGUAAGAAUGAGUUGUAUGAAGACGGUAAGAAUGAGUUGUAUGAAGACGGUAAGAAUGAGUUGUAUGAAGACGGUAAGAAUGAGUCGUACGAAAAAGUUAGCCGUGAUUUGGGUCUGGAAGGUAUGCAAGAUGACCUUAAGAGCAGUACAAGUUCAGAAGAAACUGAGUAUGAUUUUACACCUGCCGAUGUAGACGAAGUAGUCGCCAUUGAAGAUGAUAUUGAUAUGCCGGCUGGAACCGUACGGAUGUGGGUUAUUGCAAUUGCUUUGGCAUCUUUAUUAGGAGGAGUCGAUGCUUUUUUUCUCUUUCGAUUUCCAUCCAUUUCUGUGGGUGCAAUUGUCGCCCAACUUUUAGCAUACCCUUUAGGGAACUUGUGGCACAUGGUGGUGCCCAAUUGGACCAUUGGGUACGGUAAAUAUAGGGUUCCUCUUAACCCUGGUCCUUUCAACCAGAAGGAACAUUCGUUGAUUUAUAUGUUCACCAAUAGCGUUACAUCAUUAAGACUUGUGAACGUGGCUACCACGGAACAAAUCAAGUUUUUCAAUGUUGAUUUUAGCGUGGGUAAAGCUCUCGUGCUUAAUAUUUCUGCCUUCUUUAUCGGUUGGGCCUGGUGUGGACUCGCAUUACCAAUCCUUGUAUAUCCAUCUGAAAUGGUGUGGCCAAGUAUAUUAAGUGGUUGUGCCUUAAUGAAAACGUUACAUUCUAGAGAAAAUCCUUAUGUGCCUAAUUGGAAAAUAUCCAGAAUGAGCUAUUUUGCAAUCAUAUUUAUUGGUGGAUUUGUGUGGUACUUUUUCUCGGAUUUCAUAAUACCUUUCAUUGCAAAAAUAGGAGCUUUCAUUACUUGGAUUGUGCCAAAUAAUGCUAUUGUGGGCCAAGUUUUUGGUACUAAGAAUGGACUUUCAUUGUUGCCAAUUUCUUUUGAUUGGACAACCAUCCUGAACCUUUCUAAUCCGUUAACUGUGCCAUUUGUUCACGCUGCUACUGUGUUUUUGUCUUUUGUAUUCUGGGUUUGGUGCGUUAUUCCUGGCCUAUACUACAAGAACCAUUGGCAGGUAGGACAUUUUCCCAUCCUAUCAAACACCAUUUAUAAUGUUAAUGGGACUUCCUAUGAUGCAACCAAAGUUGUGAACUCGAAAUUUGAAUUAGACUAUGAGAAGUACGCCAAAUACUCACCAGUUUUCAUUCCCGUGGGAUUUUUAAUGCAAAUUGCCUUAACUUUGGCCGCCUUUUCUUCAAUGAUUGUUACCAUUAUGUUUAGGUUUAAAAAGGACGUCAUUAACCCACUCCGAAACCCAACAUCCGAUAUUCACAGCGAUCUCAUGCUGAAGUAUAAAAAAUUCCCAACGUACAUUUAUCCUAUUUCCUUAUUGAUUGGCAUAGCAUUAGGCGUGAUGUAUGUUGCUAUAUGGAAAGACAUAGCACAAAUCAGCGUUGGAGGAUACUUUGUUUCCAUCAUCUUAGGAGCAAUUCUUUAUCUUCCCAUGUGUAUGGUAGAAGCUCAAAGUACGCUUGUGAUUAACUUGCAAGCGUUUAUGAAUCUUGUUUCUGCAUUCUGGUUUCCUGGUAAACCAUUGGCAGUUUUAUAUUUCACCUACGUCGGAUUCGCCACACUUCAACACUCUGAACACUUAUGUCAAGGAGCUAAAAUGGGACAUUAUCUUAAAGUUCCUCCCAGGGUUACAAUGGUGGUUUUAUUUGCUGCUGGGAUGUGGGGGUCACUUGUCAAUUGUGGGGUAACAAUAUUCUUUAUUCAUAGAAUCAAAGAUGUUUGUUCAUUGCAUGCACCAAAUAACAUGACUUGCAAAUUCCAGAGAACCUCAUUUAAUCAACACUUGGUAUGGGGAUUGUUUGGAGAUCAUAUCUUUGCCAAAGGUGGUAGAUAUAGUUUCAUAUUGUGGUUUUUUUUGGUGGGUGCAGUAAUGGCAGUUAUACUCAAUGUGAUUCAAAGGAUUCGUCCACAAGCCAAAUUCUUGAAAUAUCUCAAUCCUACUUUACUUGUUAGCGGUGCUAGCCAGAUACCUAACAGUACUGGAAUCAACUACGCUACGUGGUUCUCCGUGAUAGUGGUCUUCAACUAUUUUAUUCACAAGUACAAUAAUGCUUGGUGGAGAAAAUAUAACUUGGUGACAGCAGUUGGGCUUGAUUGUGGUAUAGCAAUUGCCGCAAUAAUAGUGUUUUUCUGUAUUACAUACACUGGUGCAAGCAAGCACUACCAUUGGUGGGGCACAACUGUUGGUCUGACGGGGUGUGAUGCGAAGGGUUGUCCAUAUUUGCCUAAAGACACUAUCAGGAACCCUGGUAAAUGGUGA